AUGGAUUCGUCAUCAAUCUUGCGGGGAAAAUCAAAGAAAAAGACGAGCUUAAGUGCAUUGGCACCAUAUCUCUUGCUUUGUAUUACUCUAUUCUCCAUAACUUUCUUCUUGUUUCCUCAGAAUUCUCUCAAUUCCAUCAAUGAUCACAACGUUCUCUACGUCGAACCUCAACCAAAUUUUAAGGACUGUGACUUGUCUAAAGGACAAUGGAUUCCAGAAGAAAGAGGGUCGCUGUACUCAAACUCUACCUGUCCUACAAUACCCGACUCGAAAAACUGCUUAAAACAUGGGAGACCAAACAGAGAUUUCUUGUUCUGGAGAUGGAAACCUGAAGGCUGUAAACUUCCGAGCUUCAAUCCUAAAGCUUUUCUUGAUCUCGUUCGCGGCAAAGAGAUGAAUUUCAUUGGUGAUUCUGUGGCCAGAAACCACAUGGAGUCUCUUCUCUGCCUCUUGUCAAUGGAAGAAACUCCGAAAGAUAUCUACAAGGAUGCAGAAGACAGAAACAGGAUAUGGUACUUUCGAGACCAUGACUUCACUCUAUCUACCUCAUGGACUAAGUUUCUAGUGGCGGGAUUCGAGAGGACUCGCGCUAACAAGACCGGAACAGGAAUUUAUGAUAUAGAUGUCGACAAGAUCGAUGAGCAAUGGGCGAAGGAUCUGCCAAAUACAGACAUUGCCAUUGUUUCAGCUGGUCAUUGGUUUUUCAGACCAAUAUACAUACAUAGAGGAGAUGAGACAAUAGGUUGCAUCUUCUGUAACUUACCAAACAUGACUCAGAUUAGCUUGAAAGAAGGGUUUAAGCUAGUUUUCUCAGCUGCUUUUAAGCACAUCAAUGGAUGUCAUAACUGCAAAGACAACUUAGUGGCAGUUCUCAGGACAUAUUCGCCGUCCCAUUUUGAGAAUGGGACUUGGAACACUGGAGGAGCUUGCGGGAGGACGAUCCCUUUAAGGGUAAAUGACAUCAACCAGAAGAGCAGCGAUAUGGAAAUCAGAAGAUCUCAGAUAGAGCAGCUUGAAGAGAUUAAACGUGUUAGCUUAAUAAAGAGGAAAUUUGCGGUUUUGGAUGUGACUAGAGUUAUGCUAAUGAGACCAGACGGGCACCCGAAUUCUUACUGGGGAAAUAAAUGGAUGAAAGGUUUCAAUGACUGUACUCACUGGUGCUUGCCCGGACCAAUCGAUGCCUGGAGCGAGGUUCUCAUGGCGUUACUUAGACAACUCUGGUAAAUCUUGAGGAUAAGAACUUUUAUAAUGUAUAAGGUGAUGUCUUUGAGUCAAUUGUCAUAGCAACCUUUAGCACAAAGAGAAGACACAUAUUUACAGGACAUAUACAAAACUACACAUACCUGGCAUUGUUUCAUGUAAUCAUGAUCAUAGCCUGCAAAAAACAU